CAACUAGCGCGCCUGACGAACGAGAGGCUGGAUCAAAACAAACCUGCAUAGUUAUACAAGACAGCCAGCGGUGCUAGGAAGGCAAUACUAGAUUUUUACAGUGUUACUCAUUUCAGAAGUGGAAAGGCAUAACCACAAAUAAGAGAGCGAAAGUAUUAGGAUAUAUUUGCAAGCAGAGAAGAUCGCUCCGUCAACUUGGAAUAAAUAAGAUGAGCCGUAUCAUUUGCCAAGGAGUGAAAAUUGGCAAGGGGAUCUUGUUUAUUGCCCAACGUACAACACACUCUGCACAGCCACUUAGAAGAUCAUGUCCCGUUGUGUUGGGCCUUCCCACUCUCCGCCUCGCUCCAGUACGCAGGAUGGCCACCUCUACUGCCGCCCCAGGCAAUCAUCCUGUUGGUCCCAUGGGUCUGUUCCUGUUGAUAGUUCCAAUAGGCACAUUUUGUCUUGGGACUUGGCAAGUUCAAAGGAGAAAAUGGAAGCUCAACCUCAUUGACGAAUUAGCUACAAAAUCCAAAGCACCUCCUAUUCAGUUUCCUGAAAACUUAGAAGAACUUGAGGAAUUAGAAUAUCGUCGAGUGAAAAUGAUAGGAACUUUUGACCACAGCAGAGAGAUUCUUUUAGGUCCUCGUCCAGCAUUGGUUGAAGGGGAUGUGAGCCAGUCUGGAAGUGGCCUCAUAUCCUCAGGUCAGAGUGGCUUCCUAGUCAUCACUCCCUUCAAGCUAGCUGACAGAGAUUUGACUGUUCUUGUCAAUCGAGGUUGGGUUCCUCGCAAGCAGAAGAAUCAAGACACCAGAGUAGAGGGUCAGGUGGAAGGGCAGAUAAAAGUGGAAGCGGUGGUACGCAAAACAGAGAGGCGAGCACCAUUCAUGCCAGAAAACAAAAAGGGAACUACAGUCUUCUUAUACAGAGAUGUACCAACAAUGUCUCAAAUGCUGAACACAGCCCCCAUCUUCCUUGAUGCUGUGGACACUGUCCCUGGUGGCCCUCAGGGUGGACAGACACGGGUUACCAUGAGAAACGAACACCUCUCUUACUUGCUGACAUGGUACAGCCUGAGCUUAUCCACUGCCUACCUGUGGUACCGACGCUUCAUCAUGGGUAAGCCACUCCUUUGAAAUGUGUGCUUCUUGCUCGCUGGGAUGACAAAAGGAACUUAGAAAUGAAAUGUCAACAUCUUGCAUUUAGUAUGAUGUUUUUUCAUGUUUAUCUACUUUUUUUUUUUUUUUAUUAUUAUUAUUAUUGUAACUGUGUGCAAUCAAUGGCAAUUGAUUAAUGACCUGCACGGCAACUGGCAACUAAGGGGACCUCUCUCUCUCUCUCUCUCUCUCUCUCUCUCUCUCUCUCUCUCUCUCUCUCUCUCUCUCUCUCUCUCUCUCUCAUUCUGUUGCCCUUGGCCAGCUUUUCUCUCACGUAAAAAAAUGUGAAGUAAAAUUCAUUUUAAUGCUAGAUGUGAUUGUAAAUAGGUAUUAUAUCCUUCUAUUGUAUGUUUAAAUUGAAAUAAAAAUUUUUGUUAUCUUUA